UUUGAGCUCAUCACUCAGGGUAUAACUGGAGCCUGAUUUCUGGUAUAAGUCUACGACAUUGUCUUUGGCUACGGCGAGCGUCUGCUUGUCAGCGGAGAACGAGUGGUCGGCAAUUGGGUGGUGAAAAAGAUGGUGCACUUCGGGGGUAGCCAUGUUGGAACGAUCAAUAGUGCGAUAGGAGGAGCUCUCUACUAUCGCAGUGUUUGGAUAAUGGGGUCAGGUGAUCUGCCUGCUCUUUGGAUUUUCUCUGCACACAAACAUCAUCCACAAGCAGAACAGCAACAGCACAGAAAUCCGCCUUCGGAUACUGGGAUUUGUCGAACCAAUUGAUGUGCAUCGCGUUUUAAUUUCCUUCAUUUCAUUUAAGGAGAUACUCCAAGUUCAAAAAUUUUCCGAAAAAAUGACCACCAAACCUGCGUCCGCGGUGGUCAAUGUGGGAGCUCCAAACCGAACUCUAUACUGCACGAAUCUUCCUGACAAACUGAAGAAGCCAGACUUGCGACUAGCCUUGUACACGCUCUUCUCCACUUAUGGCACCGUUCUCGACGUUGUUGCGAUGAAAACGGCAAAGAUGCGUGGCCAAGCUCACGUUGUAUUCAGAGAUAUUCAAGCCAGCACUCAGGCUAUGCGGGCAUUGCAGGGUUUUGAGUUCUUUGGGAAGGAGAUGAAAAUCGCGUAUGGUAAAGGCAGUUCAGAUAUAAUCGCGAAGCUCCGAGGUACCUAUAACGCAUCAACUACCGCCCCGGCGCCUGGCGUGUCUACCGAGCUUCAAAAAUCCAUCUUCAAUGGCCCCCCUUCGGCAGUAGUCUCCGUUGGCAUGACAGUACCACCUGCGGCGACCGAAUCGCGACCCACCAGCGAGGGUCCCCAAGGUGUCAAACGACCCCGUGAGGAAGACGAGAGUGAAGGCGAGGCGCCGAUGGAUGAAGACGAAAGCGACGUGUCUAUGGAAGCCUCGUCUGAUGAAGAUUAAACCUAGUAAAAUUAUCCCACAGGCCGAACUUGAUAUGUCGCGCUCCAAAUGAAUAGAAGAAAACCGGGGCAUUACACGUGUUCCUCUGGGGUCCUCUUGAUCGCUCUUCCUCCUUUCUUUCCCGAAAAGGACUGGAUGAGUUUUGAAGAGGCUUCCCGGUUUCGUGUCUCGAUAAGGAGCUUGCUCGGAACAUGUAGGCCCACGCAAUUCCCCACCAAGCCAAGCCACAAUAGCAGAUACGUCUCCGUGGUUACUACUUCUUUAUUCCCUGCUACGUCCCUCAAUGCAUCUGGGGUGUUGCAAGGGUGAACAAAGUAUACCGGGAGGCCCGAGAGUGGGUGAUGCUACAGUUUAGUUAGCGUUAUUUUUUGCUCUUCUUCCUUCUUUAGUGGACAUUGGUUGGGUGAAAGACUCAUGACAAGAGAGAGAGACGAGGAUAGAGAGAAGAGACAUGGUACACGAACAAACGUACCCCGAUGCUCAGACCGCCCAUUAUGCCAACGUCCUUUAGCACCGAUCGGUGCUGAGCGGGGACAAGACAAUUAUAAACAACGUCUAGAAGGCUAUCUGGACCCUUGGCAGAGAUGUCACUGCUGUUGUUGUUGAUGUUGUGCAGGAAGAAAUACAGGAUCGGGACUUGGUAUGUGGGGGAUAGCAUAAUAUUGUACUCUACUUGCAACUUGGAGCUGCAACGUGGCUGCCGAAUGAGCUCUUCCUGUGUACCACGCACAUUGUCAGAGUCAACUCCGCAGUGAACGACGAUGCUUGGUCUUUUGCUUUUUCGUGUCUUUUCCCCGUCUUCAUUCCAUUGAAAAGAGAGCGCGAAGACUACGUGGGUGGAGUGUAUACGAACGGGAUCAUUCUCAUCAACGUCAUCACCAUCAUCGCGCCCGACAAUCUCAGCCGUAUUAUCGUCAUCCUUUUCUCCAUCUUCCUGCAAUGUAUCACACACAUGUUUCAGAUGUUGCAGGGAAGUAGUCUCUGGGUCGUCGAGCUGCUUCUGGAUUAUCAAAACUAUCUCGCCUUCCUGUACAAAUAGAUAUUACUCCCGGAAUCGUUCCCAAUUUAAUUAGUUCUUAUCAUCCAAACAACAACUUAAAUAAAGUACCAGCUUUUCCCUUUUCUUCACUACUGGCACUAGGUAAAUAAGAAUAUGAAAUUUUUCCAUUAUCUGCAAGAAAAGCAGUCAUGGUCAUCUGGAGUGACAAGCACAAAUACAGGUGCACACACACAUGCACUGGCCUGUCGUUUCUUUUGUUCUUUCCAUUCUCGAGCCAGCUGAUGAACGACCUAGGAAUUACAGAAAACAAUUCCAGCUCAGAAGAAGCUAACACUUUAAAUUACAUACCUUGGUUUCGAGCCUCACACUUGUCCAACCUAGGCUUGUGGUAAGAUCGUCUUCAUGCUGGAGAAGAGUAGCGACUUUUGAUACUAGGGCGCGACAAGCAGCGGUGAACUCCUCGCGAGUGAGAUACGGGAAGUCGGAAAGCGGCGGCAAGGCUGUCAUUGGGAAAUGAAUCUGAAGAGCAUUCAAAAAGGGUGGGGAUUAUUGACAAAGUUAUGAACUUCUUUUUGGUUUUUGGGGGCAGUUUCGUUUGUGUUCAUCUAGCGUGGAUUUUUCUGGUGAUAUGCGAGCCAGUUGUUUGUUGAGACGGGGUCCGAUUCGGAGGAACCCCUUUGCAGUCCGAAAUGGAAGAAUGUGUAUUGCAAGAACGACGGAAAGCUUGAUCGAGAUCGGGCUGAUUAGGGAUUUGUUGGUUUAUUGAUUGAUUUUAAUCCUUUCUGUUCUCUCUGGUCCGUCCUGGAUGUCCGUUUGGCGUAACUUGGGCUGGUUUGCGUUGCCCCAAUGUACAUGUACCUCCAGAGGUUGUACCGUCCUCGGAUAUUGUGACGGUUUGGCUUUUACCACUGUCAUGAAGAGUUCUCUGAUGCAACAGUUCCAAGAGUGAGAAGAGAAAUACAUUGAUUUGAUAUCGCGA